UAAUGGGAAAGAACUGAAGUGAGAUGAAACAAUGAAUAACAAUUACUCUCGAAAAAUGCUGAUGAAAAUGAAGCAUAUUUCUCUCCGUCGCUUUGUCAUUUCCAGGUGUGUAAGGUUCUGAACAUCACGACUAUGAGCUGUUUGGCCCCCUCGCUGACAGCCGAGUACAGGCCGGGUUUGGAUUCAGUCAAGCACGCAGACGAGUUUGGCUUCAUCUUCAAUAAUGUGCAAGCUCUUCUAGUGUACAACAACACUAACUUCAUGUACUAUCCCAAUCCUUACUUUGAGCCUCUCAGCACCAAUGGCAUACUGGAACAGAAACCUGGCUCGCCUAUCAUUUUAAAGGGUAAAAAUCUGGUUCCUUCGGCCGCUGGAGGAGUGAAGCUUAAUUACACUGUUCUGAUAGGAGAGACUCCCUGUUCAGUCACAGUAUCUGAAUCUCAACUGCUGUGCGAACCACCAAACCUCACCGGCCAGUACAAAAUCAUGGUGCAGGUCGGUGGUCUGCAUGUGUCCCCUGGCUCAGUAAACAUUCUCUCUGACAGCCUCCUGACUCUUCCUGCCAUUGUCAGCAUCGCUGCCGGCGGCGGCCUCCUUCUCAUCAUCGUCAUCCUUGUGCUUAUUGCCUACAAGCGUAAAUCCCGCGAGAACGACCUCACACUCAAACGACUCCAGAUGCAAAUGGACAACCUGGAGUCCAGGGUCGCGCUGGAGUGCAAAGAAGCUUUUGCAGAACUGCAGACAGACAUUAAUGAGUUGACGAGUGAUCUGGACCGGGCCGGAAUUCCCUAUCUGGAUUACCGCACAUAUGCCAUGAGAGUGUUAUUCCCCGGCAUCGAGGACCAUCCUGUGCUCAGAGAGCUGGAGGUCUCUGGUAAUGGGCAGCUGUGCGUUGAAAAAGCUCUGAAGCUGUUUGCCCAGCUGAUAAACAACAAGGUGUUUUUGUUGACGUUCAUCCGUACGCUGGAAAUGCAGCGCUCCUUCUCCAUGCGUGACCGUGGCAAUGUGGCGUCGCUAAUAAUGACGGCUCUCCAGGGUCGACUGGAAUAUGCCACGGAUGUGCUCAAACACCUGCUGUCCGACCUCAUCGACAAGAACCUGGAGAGCAAGAACCAUCCCAAACUGCUUCUCAGGAGGACAGAGUCUGUUGCUGAGAAGAUGCUAACCAACUGGUUUGCUUUCCUGCUUCAUAAGUUCUUGAAGGAGUGUGCAGGUGAGCCUCUCUUCAUGCUGUAUUGUGCUAUAAAACAGCAGAUGGAAAAAGGCCCAAUAGACGCCAUCACUGGAGAAGCCCGAUACUCCCUCAGCGAGGACAAACUCAUCCGACAACAGAUUGACUACAAGACGCUGAUCUUAAACUGCGUCAACCCAGAGAACGAGAACAGCCCGGAGAUCCCAGUCAAGGUUCUGAACUGCGACACCAUCACGCAGGUCAAAGAGAAGAUUCUGGAUGCCGUCUAUAAGAACAUGCCGUAUUCACAGAGACCCAAAGCUGUGGACAUGGACCUGGAGUGGCGUCAGGGACGAAUGGCCCGAGUAGUCCUGCAGGAUGAAGACAUCACCACUAAGAUUGAAAAUGAUUGGAAGAGACUCAACACACUCAUGCACUAUCAGGUAUCAGAUCGCUGUGUGGUUGCUUUGGUGCCCAAGCAGACGUCCUCCUACAACAUUCCACCCACAACUAGCAUCUCUCGAACUUCUAUCAGUAGAUAUGACUCAUCAUUCCGGUACACAGGCAGUCCGGACAGCCUGCGCUCCCGUGCUCCUAUGAUCACCCCGGAUCUAGAGAGUGGAGUCAAAGUAUGGCACCUGGUGAAGAACCAUGAGCACGGAGACCAGAAGGAGGGUGACCGCGGCAGCAAGAUGGUGUCUGAGAUCUACCUCACUCGCCUGCUGGCCACUAAGGGUACACUGCAGAAAUUCGUGGAUGACCUGUUCGAGACUCUUUUCAGUACGGUGCACAGGGGCAGCGCGCUUCCAUUAGCUAUUAAAUACAUGUUUGACUUCCUGGAUGAACAAGCGGACAAGCACAGCAUUCAUGACACUGACGUCCGCCACACCUGGAAAAGCAACUGCCUUCCUCUGCGUUUCUGGGUGAAUGUGAUCAAGAAUCCCCAGUUUGUUUUUGACAUCCAUAAGAGCAGCAUCACUGAUGCGUGUCUGUCUGUGGUUGCUCAAACCUUCAUGGACUCGUGCUCCACAUCUGAACACAGAUUGGGCAAAGACUCGCCCUCUAAUAAGUUGCUUUAUGCUAAAGAUAUCCCCAACUACAAGAACUGGGUAGAAAGGUACUAUGCCGACAUCAGCAGGCUUCCAGCCAUCUCCGAUCAGGACAUGAACGCGUAUUUGGCUGAACAGGCACGACUGCACUCCAAUGAGUUUAACAUGCUCAGUGCCCUCAACGAGAUUUACUCCUACAUUAGCAAGUACAGCGAAGAGAUCACCGCUGCACUGGAACAGGACGAAACAGCGAAAAAACAACGAUUGGCCUACAAAGUGGAACAACUCAUUGCCGCCAUGUCACUGGAGAGCUGAAAGAAACACAAAGCUGCAACGAAGGACGAAAGACCUUCAAUUAGUCAAACCAUCAUCCAAAGCCUCUUCACACAAAAGAGAGAAACACUGGCUAGAGACUCGACACCAACAAUAACUUUGCUUUUUUUCUACACUUUUGUGAAGAAGUCACCUUUAAGACCAUUGGACAACUAUUUGAUGAAAGCAAGUCACAAGGCUUUGGAGUGGAAACUAUGGAGUUCUGUUUUCAGUUGUCUUUUAUUUUGGACAAGCAGCUUCCUGGAACUUUUUUUGUUUACCUGGAUUGUUGUUUUUUUCUUCCUUUAGUUCUUCUGGUUCAAUGUGCCUUGCAUUGAUUUACGUGAUGAAUGCAAGACAUCGAUACUUCCUCAAAAAUGUGCUUGCUAAAACCAUUUCAUGAGGAUUUGACUGAAGGAAACGGACAUCUACUGCCUCGCCAUUACCGUCCAGUUGAUGGCUUUUACUUCCAAAUUUUAUUUUUAUACAUGAGUGCUUUUUGAGUUUGUUUCAUUGAGUCAACUAGUAUAAUUCCUCAUUGUUGGUGUGGCAAAAGUUUAAGUCUCUUUCUUUCCUCGGAAAGCAGUGGCUGCUACCAACACAUGUGUGCAUGUCGACAUGCUAGUACAAACUUAGACUUUCGAUUCCAACUGGCCUGAGAGACCACAAGGCAUCGACAUUGUUUGGGAAAUAAUGACACGCCAACAAAAAGGGGGCCAAAGUUCGACCAGCAUGUCCCUAAUUCUCUUGGAUUGACCAGAAGCCAGUAUCAAACUGGAUGAACUCCGCCCUAUGGUCUCUCUAUGUGCAUAUGUCCUGGUUUCUAAAUGUAAGCGUAUGUGAAUGUACAAACAUUACUCUAUUUUGUCUUCGCAUUUUUGUUGCUUUUCUAAAACAGGAGUCAGUUGAGCUGAUCUCCUCAGCACGACGUCCUAAAGAACUGAAAAUCCCUCUCCAUAAUAGCGCUGCUUAGAUUAAAAUACGCAAGUGGCGACGAGUAGCACUUUCAGCUCAAAUGACAAAUGGAGAAACCCCACCUUCCCUUUCAAACAAAUGGACUCGCGUGAGAUCAUCUUACCAGAGAGUAUUAAUUAUUAUGUAUGGUCCAAUGUGUGUGUAGUCUGCAUGCAUUAUACAGUACCUCAUAUAAAGAAAAAAAUAGUCUCCUUUCCCAUUUACUCCUAUGUUUAAGUGCCAAGAGGUCACGUGAGUUCUGGAGGACUCAGAGCAAUGCCGAUGAUGUAAUAUACCAUGUCACUUCCUUGCUGUACACACCCGUCGGGAUAAAGUGCCAAAAGAUCACUUAUUUACCCACUUGUCGGUUGAUGCUUUAUUAAGGGAACGGACCCUGUAUACUGUAAAAAAAAAUAAUAAUAAAAAAUCUCUGGUUUAGAAGGUUCACUUGCAAAUUCAGGUACGAGAAGACCAUGAGCUUGGAUUGGUAUUGGUAAAUAUAAAGUAUUUGUAAAAUACUUUAGGUGUCUGGGAUCUUGAUUGCUUGAGUGGGUUCUUUCCAAUCUCUUUUAUUCCUCCGCCUGACAUGAAGUAUGUCAACAGAACGCAUGAACAAAAGACAACAUAGUUUUCAUUUAUUAUGCAUGAUGGCAGGUAGAGCUGUUUUUGAAGAUCAUCCAAACCAAAAUAGACAAGGUCAUCUUAGGUUCUUCUUAACUUCUCCUCAGCUCAGUUUAUAUGGUAAAAAUGCAGUAUCGGAUGUGAAGAAACGGACUGAAAAAGCUCAAAUGGCGCUUGUUGUUUUUCCCCCUGUGGCCUUAGAACAUUGAAUCUGUUGUUUCUAGUUCAUUUAAUCAACGACGUGUCAUUUUUCGUCGUCUUUGUUAGCGGUGUUUGAGACUAAUCAGAUAAAGAGAGGCAAUGUGAUGAUGGAGAAGGGUGGAAGAGGCAUGCCCUCGCCCAGACGAGUGCUGGGUGGUGUCUGCUGGAGUAUUUGAGAAGCAUAAGAAUGAGAUGGAGAGAGAGACAGACCCCUUUAGCUUCAGAUUCCUCCUGCUGCUUUGAAGCUCGCCUUUGAUCUCAACUAGUUUGUGCACAGUGUGAUCAGGAGAU